AUGGCUAAGUUCAUCAAAUCAGGCAAAGUUGCUAUUGUUACUCGUGGUCGUUUCGCCGGUAAGAAGGUCGUCAUCGUGAAGCCUCACGAUGAAGGUACCAAGGCUCACCAAUUCCCACACGCCAUUGUUGUCGGUGUCGAAAGAGCUCCUUUGAAGGUCACCAAGAACUUGGGUGCUAAGAAGACUGCCAAGAGAACCAAGGUCAAGCCUUUCGUUAAGUUGGUUAACUACAACCACUUGAUGCCAACCAGAUACUCUUUGGAUGUUGAAUCCUUCAAGUCUGUUGUCACCUCCGAAGCUUUGGAAGAACCAUCCCAAAGAGAAGAAGCCAAGAAGGUUGUCAAGAAGGCCUUAGAAGAAAAGCACCAAGCUGGUAAGAACAAGUGGUUCUUCCAAAAGUUGCACUUUUAA